AUGGACAGAUUUAUGAUCAAGGACCACGAAACUCAAGUUAUGGAGGAUAUUAUAAAGAAUCAAGUAUUACUUUUUGUUGACAAAGAGAUUGAAAAUUGUCGUUCUGCGAUAACUCGGAUUGAAAAGUACAGAGAGGAUCGAAAACAAGUGGAACGGAAUCUUGAUCAAGGACAAGUUGCUCAAGCACUCGCUACUUAUCUCUCUGCAGUCCGACGCCAACAAAGGACAAAUCAAGAAGAUAAGAUACGUCAAGAAAAAUCUCGUUCAGAGGCUGCAACGAAUGUUCAAGCAGCAGAAAGUGCUUUGAGAUUGGAGAAGCAUGGAUCGAAGAAGCUCUAA